UUGCCAUAACACAUUAACACAGAGAUGCAGUGGUCGAUUCGAAUCCCGUAGUAGUAGCGGUAGUAAAAGUAGAAGCAGUAAUCGGAAAGAUUAGGGUUUGAAGAUGUUAUUCAAGGAGUAUAAUCCAGUGAAAUAAAUUUGGAAAGAGAAAAAAGAAAGGGACAUGAAGAAUUCAGAAGAUUAGAAUUUGGGAAAACACAAAGUGGAUGCACCUGCGUUAUUGUAAACGAUUUUGAGCCGUGUCAUUCAAGGUCUUUAACCAUCUAUCGUUAUUCCUGGUCUAACUCCUUUAGUUGUUCCUGAAAUAUAUUCCUAACUGCAUUAUUAAGUUAGACCCUAAAGUGAUUUCUACGUACAGAAAAAUGCAAACAAAUACGCGCUCGAACUGGACCAUGAUCCGAGUCUAAACGUGUGCUCCAUAAUGAGCGAUAGCUUUCUAUCGAGCCUCUCCAACGAUGAAUAAUGUUAGCAUGGUCCGGGUCAAUUGUGGCGUCCCCGAGUCAAAUGAUGCUUUUCCUUAUGCUUGAAAUUGGUAAAAACACGGCUAUCUAAAUAUAUUCUCAGUAAACGUAGGAAAUGACAUCGAACUCUUAGUACCCCGAUCCGUCGGACAGCGCACACAAAAGUAGAUCGUACCAGUUUUUUAUAUUGACAAAGUGAGGUCAAACAAACGACCGUACUUGGACUCUGUAUACGCACGAGAUUCUGGAGUCCUAACUGAAGAAGCCUGUGGACUUGUUUGGCACACUGUUCGAACACUAAAAUCUCAAAAAUGUAGUUUAUAGCGUGGUUUCAUGAUACCAGGAAUGAUAUUUCGUGAAUGCAAAUCAUUAGCAUUUGUGGCACGUGGUUUUUCUUGGGUAUAGGAUAAUUAUUAAGAGGUUAGGAGGAAAUCCGAUGAUAAACAAAAUGAUCCUCGGUGCUGUUAGACGUAAUAAGAGCGUUUGUCACUUAUCGGCUUCCUACACUGUGGAUGGAUAUUUCUUUUUGAGGGAUCCGAUAAAGAAGCUGGGUCGGUAUUGGCCGUAAAGAUUUGAGAGCGUUACCGUAGAGCUCAAAGGACGACUGCUUAGGGUCUAUGGCCCACGCCCUUUUAAUGGGUAGCUCUUGAUGUAUUGUCUCCGCACUUCGAAAGAACUUACCGUCGGAGGCGGAGUAAGAUGAGGUGACAUUUUUAGGGUCGACCUUCUCAAACCCCUUCCGUUGUGAAAAGGUAGCAACACUGCAGACGCUUGUUGUCCGAAGGAAACAGUACUGCCAUCACAUCUCUCUAUAGUCAUCAGUAUGACUUGUCAUCGGUUCUUAAGUUUCUGCUUUUACUCUUACCUUUCUCCAACCGACCUACCUGGCAUGAUAGGACCUAAAGGAACAUGUGUUCCAGCCAAUAUAGCUCGGUUGAGUCAUCACGAUAGGCAAGGCCGACUACCACGUCAAGGUAGAUGCUACGGUCUGGAGCUGUCCACAAUGUCGAUGGAUAUUCUAUUCCCAGGUACUUAAAAAGAAAUCCUGAUUAGUAGCUGUUUUCCUGAGCUCAACCACAAGGCGCAAGAAUUAUUGGUGAACGUCGGUUAUACACGGGUUUUCAGUACGCAGUAUUUUUGAUUGCGUUAGCUUGGUGGUUCUGAUUUCUUAUCUUCUGUGGCAAUAGUCCGUUGGUCAAGGUGAGGUGUACUACUUUUUCGAACCCUUUGAUUUCACUCUGGAAAUGCACCAUUACUGGAGAGAUGCUGGUUAUUCGAAAGAAACCUUGCAGCUGUAAUACUUAAGUACAGUCAGUAACAUGACCACUUCGAAACUCACGUUUCUCUAUGAUUAACACAGACCAACGGAUCUGUCAUUUUUAUCACUCAAAAACAAAGCUAUUUAGCCUGGGAAAUAUAUAUUCUCCGCCGGAAUCUUUGGUUUUUUUUUACUUUGAACUUCGUUUGUUUUUUCCUACAAACUGAAGACGUAUUAGUUUGUUGUGUAUUUUCUAUUCGCGCUAAAAAUAUAUGUUCUUCAUAUUUAUUGGAUUUGAAGUUUAUUCCUGUACCAUGUUUCACGAGUAGAGUAAUGAUUUUCGUGGUUCAGAAAACCAUCGAAUCACAAAAUGCCUACGAGUAUCAUAAGUGUGCUGAUUUCAAUAUCAAGAUUAUAAAAACCGUAUGUCAAAGUUGUGUGACUGGACUAUAGGUUAUUCCCAAAACGCUCACAAACAACCGUUUGACACUUCACAGUUGCACUAUGAUUGCAGAAAUCUCAGGCUAUUGCGAAAUAUCUAAUAAAGUCACUUCUUGAAUAUAACAUAAAGUAUGAAGCUUACCGACUCACGUAAGACCUUAUAUUUACUAUUAUGAUAAGUUCUGAAAGCUCUUAUAUUAUAGGCUAGCUAAUUUUGACGGUCUUUUGUUAUUCGCUGCAAUUUUCGGCUGCAAAUUACACAAAUUUGUCGGAAAGGUCUGUAUUUUGCAGUGGUGCCUCAUUCGAAAUCUUUGGGUUUCACAUGUUGGUCCUAGUAAUCGGUGACUUCCACAUUCCUGACAGGAAACGUUCUUUACAUCCUGCUUUUAAGACUCUUUUAGCUCCUGGAAAAAUCCAACAUAUAUUAUGCACUGGAAACCUUACUUCGAAACAUAUGUAUGACUAUUUAAAGCUUAUUUGUGGAGAUGUGCAUGUUGUGAAAGGCGACUUUGAUGAGGCUUUAGAUUUCCCUCUUACAAAGGUUUUAAGCGUUGGAAACUUUAAGAUAGGACUCAUACAUGGACAUCAAAUAGUUCCUUGGGGAGACCAAAAAAGUUUAGCUACGCUGCAACGGGAGUUAGACGUUGAUAUAUUGAUCAGUGGUCAUACUCAUAAGUUUGAAGCCUAUGAAUAUGCUGGACACUUUUAUAUUAAUCCUGGUUCUGCUACCGGUGCAUAUAGCCCUUUUGAAAAAAACCCGCAACCUUCAUUUGUUCUUUUGGAUAUUCAAGAAACCGCAAUACAGUUAUAUGUGUACACCCUAGUCAAUGAUGAACAUAAAGUUUCUCGCAUAGAAUACCAGAAAAACAAAUGUUUGUAACUAUGAACUAACUGUAUUCAUUGUAUUUUAGCAAUAUCUUGUAAUUUAUUUAUCUUCUUCCCAUUAUAAUGAAACUGAUUUUGACUAUAUGCAUUCUUAACAUUUCAAAGUGCUUAAUUUUAGUAUAAGAGCAGGAGGAAUAGCACGAUUCCCCGUAAUCAUGAAUGCGAGUUGACAAUUCAGAGUAAAUCGGCUUCAGUUUUAGCUUUCUGCUUCAAAAACUCCAGAUUAUAUGACCUAUUAUUCAAAAUAGAAACUUGUCCAGGAUAUUUCUCGUCAUUCC